AUGAGCACCGAUACAGAACAAGCAAUCAACCAGACAAGAGACACAUUGGCCAGUUUAAUUGAAUCCUUCAUUGAAUUAGGUGUGAUUGUUCAUGAUUUCCAAGGUACAGAAUCUUCAAAAGAUGCAUUAGCAAUUAGAUUAAAUGAAACAAUUGAAACUUUAGGUAAACUACAAAAACCUGAAUCAUCAGCAUUAGACCAAGUCCCCAUCCCAAGAGAUGUUUUAGAAUAUAUUGAAGAUGGUAGAAAUCCUGAUGUUUAUACAAGAGAAUUUGUUGAAGCUACAAGAAAAUCAAAUCAAUAUCUUCGUGGUAAAAUGGCUGCUAUGAAAGAUUUAAGAGAAAUUUUAGGUAAAAAAAUCAGCUCUGAAUUUCCUGAAUUGAGUGAAGUUGUUGAAGAUAUUAAAAAAAGAACAAAUUAA